CGUUUUGACAAAUUUACAGUGACAGUUGACACAAAUAUUAAAACGUAUCUUUAAAUAAAUAUGCCGACGAUUUAGUUAGUGUGAUAGAAAUUUUGUGAUAUAUUGAUUUAGUACAUCAUUUAAAAUAUUCACAUUUGAACACACAAAAUGGCAUACCCAAAUCAAGGGGAUUACUCUUGGCAACCUCAAAAUAACACUUCGAAUUAUUCUUUUAACACUUCAAAUACAUUUGGUGAUUCUCAAACCUUAGAUUUUCAGAACUUUACAGCAGAACAACAGAAUUAUUCUUUCGAUCAAGGACAAAGCCUUCCCGCCAACAACAAUCAAUACUAUAAUCCUAAUAUAUUUACCCCAGCUCCAAUAGCUGAAGAGCCGAUACCAGGAGAAACAUCAGAAUUUGAUGAGCCACCACUUCUUGAUGAAUUAGAAAUUUAUCCAGACAGAAUACUGGAGAAGACUUUAGCUGUGCUUAAUCCAUUCCAUGGCCAAUCUAAGGCAGAUGAUGCUAAUUUUUUACUAAGAGAUACAGAUAUAGCAGGCCCUAUUGCAUUUUGUCUAGCUUUAGCUGUCUGUCUCUUCCUUUCCGGAAAUAAAGCACAUUUUGGAUAUGUAUAUGGUUUGUCAGUAAUGUCCGUUAUAUUAAUGUAUUUCUUACUUUCACUAAUGAGCCGCUCAGAAGGAGUUUUUACUUUACUGAGUGUUGCUAGUGUACUGGGUUAUUGUAUGCUACCUAUGGUGGUUUUAGCUAGUCUUGGUAUAUUUAUUUCUCUUGAAGGUUCAAUAGGACUUUCACUUUCAGCCAUUGCAGUAAUUUGGUCUGCUCUGUCUGCAAGUCGCCUAUUUGUAACAAUGUCUGGUGAUUCUGAACAAAGACCACUUAUUGCAUAUCCAUGUGCCCUAGUCAAUGGAGUUUUUGCUCUUCUUGUUUUAUUCUAAUCUGAUAUGAAUCAUCAUUCAAGUAAUCUUAUUAUAGUAACUAUAGAUUUAAAAAAAUAUAUUUUAAAUAGAAAAUGAUAUUGACUAACAAAUAACUGUAUCUAACCCUUUAUUAUGUAAAUUUUUAAACAUUAUGAUGUCCAUAAUGUUUGUAUUGCAAUAAAUAAAUGUAAAUACAAA